UUCGUUGAGGAACGGCUGCAGGCUUUCCACGGGCACCGUCGGGUGGAGACCACCGCAUUUUGUCAGUUAUUUUUAACAUUCGUCGCUUCGAAUUCAGCGAAAGACCCUCGAAGAUGACGACGACCACCACCUUCCAAGGAGUGGAACCCGGUGCCAAAAGCAGUUCCAGAGUUCUCCGACCGCCAGGCGGCGCCUCCAGCUUCUCCUUCGGGUCAGACGAAAACACCACCCCUCAGCGCAAGAACAAGAUGGCCUCCAGCAUAUUCGCAGAACCCGACGACCCCCAUGCUCACCGGAGGAACAACCCACCCAGUGCCAACGACGCCGCCGUAGGGACCCUGUGCGGGGAGCCUUCGGCCCCAUUGAGACGGUGCCAGCAGCCCAUUCUGUUCCCCAAAAACCCUCAGCCGGAGCUUACCACCAUCCACAACUCUGGAGCCGCUUUGGUGUGGAACCAAAGACAAGAGGAAGAUAAUGGCCAAGAACAAGCAAACAACGAGUGUGCUGACAACGGGGAGGUGGAGCCAGAGGAGCAGGAGGCGCCACAGCAGCCUGCCCCGUCGGGGAAUGCCAACACCACUGCGGGCGGCCGGAGAAACCCACCCGGUGGCAAGUCCAGUCUCAUCCUGGGUUGAGCAACCCUUUUUUUCCCCUCUUCCAUUUGAACACUUUUUUUUUUUUUUUUUUUUUUUUUGAAAGAUAAAUCCCGCUCUUGUCAUGCUCUUCCUCUUGGUCCUUUCUAACGCCAACAUGUCCUACGAAUCCUUUUUUCUAUUAAAGAACUGUCGAUAAAAGCACUUUAAGUAUCUCUGUGCCCUCCUUCCCGCCCCGUAGUGCUUUGACGCCGCCCGGGGAUGGCGCCACGUUUAUUAGUUCAUCUCCCGUUGGUCCGUCUUGUGAAUGCUCAAAAGGAAACCAAUCUCAAUUGUUGCGUGAAUUUCUAAAUACAAUAAAGAUUGAUAUGAA